UUCGGUAGAUCGAGUUUCCGGCAUGGCGUCGACUCCAACCACGCCCGUCAACUACGACCAGGAUGAACGGGGCUGGGUCAUGGUGGCGGUCAUGUUCGCCAGUGGGUUUGUCAUCAUGGGUAACCUCAAAGCGCUUGGUGUCCUCCUCAUUCCUAUCACCAACGACUUGGACAGCCAGCUGUGGCUGGUGGGCUGGAUCGCAAUCUGGUUCAACGCGGGCCAGAACUGCUGUGGGCCUCUUGUGGGAGCUCUGUGUCGCCUAUGGUGGCAGCCGUCCCGUGACGGUAUCUGGUGCAUUGCUUCUUACGUUGGGCUUCAUCCUGACGUCUCUGUCCCCCAACGUCCCACUUAUGAUCAUAUUCAUUGUCGCAUUUGCAGGUUUUGGUGCUGCAUUGGUUUGGUUCAGUUGCUUUUCCGUAAUGGCGUCUUACUUCAAGGAGAAGUACCAAUUGGCUGUUGGUAUAUCGAUGAUGGCUACUCCAAUUGGUUUGAUGGUGUACGGGCCCAUGACCCAAUUGCUUCUGGAUACCUAUGGCUGGAGAGCAACUAUGCUCUUGCUGGGAGGUGUCUCGUUUCAUCUGGUGGCGUGUGCUCUGUUGGUGCGACGAAAUCCAUCUUCUUCUUCACCAGACACUGAACAGUACCAAGAGAUUUCGGUAACCGAUGAUGAAGAAAGCAAAGAAGAGUGGGGAGAAGGUAGAUACGAGAGCAUAACUGAAACCUCCGACGAUGAAGGGCGUGCAAAUUCAGACUUUCAUAACAGCGGGGUAAAGGAGUGUUGUCAGCGCUUUACGGCAGCACUCGAUUUCGCAGUGCUGGUCAAUGUGAGGUUCCUCUUGCAGACCGCGGCUCAUUUCACGUUCAGUUUCUCUUACAGCGGGUACGUGGUGUUCAUGGUGUCGCAGGGGCAAAUCUCGGGCCUGAGCGUCCACCAGGCGUCGUUUCUUCCCAUUGCGCUGGGGAUCGGCAACAUCAUCGGCAGAGCAUUGCCACCACUCCUGCAGGUGAUUGGCGUUGUACCAUCCAUGACAUGCUGGGCGUUUUUCGGGUCGUCCCUCACAGGCGCAUCAAUGAUUGCAAACGUCUCCAUCAGCCCCUUCAUCGGACAGUUUGCCAUGACUGGGCUCACUGGGAUAGGUAUCGGUGUACUGUAUCAGGCUAUUGACGUCUUGUUGCGGUUCCUGUCCACGGACGACCGAUUGGUUAAUCUCAUGGGCUGGCAAGGAGUGUUUGUUGGCGUAGCUGGGGUUCUUGGUGGACUGACCUCAGGUUGGAUUUAUGAGUGGACAGGGAGUUUCAGCCCAUCCUUCUACGUGUACGGUGGAGUGACUUUUCUAUGCAUUCUGUUGUUCCUCGCCGAUGCUGUAUAUGCUAAACGCCGCUCACACUGAUGAGUGGUUGUGUCGACGUACGAGACGUGGAGCUUGUCCUAGACGAGACCCAACUGCGUCUUCGAAAUGCCACAUAUAUAAAGACGCUGUGUAACCCAAGCCCAUUAUGUUGCCCCAGCCCUAUGUAGCCCGGGUUCUUAAUGUACUGAGCCCCAUUCCUGUACCUCUAUGUAGCCCGAGCCAGUAGCCCCAACCCUGUACCUAAAUGUAGCCCGAGCCUAUGUGUUGAAAUCAAUUAAGCCUGUAACUUGUAGGCCUAUUCCAGACCCACCAUAACGAUCCCCAACCAGCCAAACUUCAACAUAAGGGUUUGGUGGAGUCCAGCUAUUUAGUGCACAGAUGAAUAUCACAGCUAGGAUGUUGGAAUUCGCAAGGAUGAGGAAGGUUCUAGUAAAUCAUCCUAGGGAGUUAGUGUAGUCCCAACUCUGUAUACUUAUUGUAGCCCCAUUAGGGUUAGGGUAAGGGUUAGGGUCAGUCAACCUGAACAAGUGGAACUAGACAGUAUUAUGUUUCG